AUGAUUCCUGUGCUGAUCUGUGCUUUGAUCUCACUGAGUGUAGCAGACAACGACUUGGACACUCUGUACCCAGAACUGGAGCACUCGAGGACCAUCUAUGUCAUCGAGAACGGCCCCCGACUGUCGGUGGCGGCAGAACAAUUGAAGGUUGUGUCGAGACGAGGCGGAAACGCUACUUUACCAUGCAGGAUCCAAAGGGACCAAUCGAUGGCACCGAAUCGGAAGAUGAGGAUCAAAUGGACCAAGUUGACCUCAGACUACCUGAAAGAGGUGGAUGUUUUCGUGGCCAUGGAUUACCACAAAAGAAGUUACGGCAGUUUCCACGGACGCGUCCACCUGCAAGGCUCCUCUCCCAUGGACGCCUCCCUGGUCAUCACAGAAAUCACCCUGGAGGAUUAUGGGAGAUAUAAAUGUGAAGUUAUUGACGGGCUGGAGGACGGAACAGUGGUGGUGUCCCUUGACCUAGAAGGUGUCGUCUUCCCCUACUACCCCCGUCUGGGUCGCUACAACCUCAAUUUCUACGACGCCGAGCGGGCGUGCCGGGACCAGGAUGCCAUCGUGGCGUCCUUCGACCAGCUGUACGAAGCGUGGCGAGGAAACAUGGACUGGUGCAACGCCGGGUGGUUGAGCGACGGCACGGUUCAGUAUCCCAUCACCACCCCCAGAGAACCCUGCGGAGGCAAAAACACGGUGCCGGGGGUUCGCAACUACGGCCUGAGAGACAAAGAGAAGAACCAGUACGAUGUGUUCUGCUUCACUUCCCACUACAAAGGUCGGUUCUACUACCUGAUCCACCCCUCUAAGCUAACUUACGACGAGGCGGUCAGGGCGUGUCAAAAAGACGGCGCUCAAAUCGCCAAGGUCGGGCAGAUGUAUGCCGCCUGGAAGCUGCUGGGCUACGACCGCUGCGACGCCGGUUGGUUGGCUGAUGGCAGCGUCCGUUAUCCUAUCUCCCGCCCCCGCCGGCGCUGCAGUCCCACGGAGGCCGCCGUGAGGUUCAGCGGCUUCCCCGACAAGAAGCAUAAGCUGUACGGAGUCUACUGCUUCAAGGGCCACAACUGAGCCGCUAACGCACACUCAGACGACCCCGCAAACACACAUCAGCAUGCACACACACAUUCACACGCUAGUGAACACGCUAGUGGAGUGAACGAGAGACAGAGGAGGGAAUUCGGAAACACAUUCAAAACUGUGACGCUUUAUUUCAUGGAAGACGUUAAUGUCAUGUUGUUGCUUUGUAAUCGGGGACCUACGAGGGAUAGUUUACACAUAUUUAAGGUUCAUAUUAUUUAAUCAAUGCCUUUGAAAGGGGGGUGGGUGGGUUGUUGUGGGAGGGGAGGUGAGGGUUGGAGGAUAACACAGCCAUCCAACGACGGACCAGACUCGUCAUCGUCUGAACUGUGUCAAAGCAAACUGACUCAUGGUUGGACGGAUACUUCGGGCACUUAAUCUCGUUUCGUUCAAGACCUGGAACAACAGCAGCGCCAUGAAACACAGCUGAAAACACACCAAAACAAAGAAAUCCGGUGCUGAAGGGGAAGGAAUUACGAGCCUAGCACAACUUAAGCGAUCUCUGCUGUCCAUACCCAACAAGGUGCUACGACUGGUACUUUGUACUUCAUCAUACUGUCCAGUAUUUUAUGUUUUUAUACAAAUGUGUUGGACCAAACAUCAGUCUCAUCACCGAAAUGAUCCAAAAGAUCCAACUGUUAGUGUUUAUGUUUUCUAAGUACGUAGAUUGUUAAUCUAGAAAUGUAAUUCUGUUUAUUUUUUGAUAUACUGUAGAAAUACUUACAUUAUUAUUUUUUGUCUUUUUGGCCAAACCUAUCCAAGUCUCUUUGGUUUACAUAAAACAUAACAUAACAGUGGAAAAAACAAAACAAAAACAAAACUCCACAACAGUAAAUUUAAUUUAAAAAAAAAAAAAGGAUUUUUGCACUGAACCUGUAGAAACGAGGAGCAAACAGCAGCAGUAGAAAAUGCCUGGCCUGAAUAAAAACAGUGCUGCAGAGUA